AUGACAUCGCUUACAGAUGUCAUUGGCCAACUAGAUCGCUUUCUUUCCAUUCCGUCUACAAUUGACUACUCUCAAUUUCCACCUUCGUUGGUCUACCGAAUAUGUACUGAUUGUUCUGUUCUUUCCUGUGGAUGUCUAAUCUCUGAGAGUCUAGCUCGCCAGCUUAGUAUCCCAAAGAAAGCAUUCAAAUGCCCCAUUUGCCAGUCUGCAAAUUCUCAUUUGUUGAAGCCAUGUCAGAGUAUGCGCUCUCUUUCCAAGUAUCUCAUAGAUUUGAAGGAUGGUGUCAAACUUUCGGAACCCACUGCUUCCUCUACCGAGCAGGCAAACUCCAUUACCGGCCAACCCUCAAACAGGCAACAGAACUUUACUUUUCUCUCUGCGUUUAAUGAAGCCUUCACUGAGGUCAAUCGAAGUAACUCUUCGAGCAGUAUCAAUGGCACUCCUCAGCACAGCUUCAAUAGUAGAGAGCAGAUAUCAACCAUAGACAGUAUCUCUUAUAAAGAUUUGGGAUCGUCUCAACCCCCUCUACCAUUACCAUCUACAUCUCCUACAAGUAAUUCUACCAUGUCUUCAUAUCAUUCAAUUCAGAGACAAUGGACAAGAACGUCGUUUCCAAGUUCCAACCUCACACGACUUCUUUCAGGAUCUCCCAAAGUGGACAAGUUAAUACCUCAUAAGAAGGAAACCAAUAAGGAGUUAAUUUUCGGUAAGAAUUUCCCAUUUUUUAGAAAGUUAUAUCAGUUCCAUAUCCAUCACUCAAAAUUCUUUCCUAAAUCCAAGUUGUUCAUCAAUACUGGUAUCUCGCCAAGCUUAACUAGGCUUGCAUUAUUGAGCGAAAAGAAGUUUGAAGUUUAUUCCACUGAUCCUAACAGGCCCGAGGAGUUGCCUAAAUUACUCUGCUGUGGUAAAAAUGAUGGAGAAUAUGGUCCUAAUUACGACGUCCAUAGACGAAUAUCCAAAGAAGACAUCGUGAACAACUCGAAUUUCGCAAACUCAGCUGCGACAUCUUUAGAUUCACUCUCUAAAUGGGAGCAUUUGUCUUGUAAAGUCACUGAAAGCAUGUUAGUGAUAGCUGGAACUCGAGGUUUUCUUAGAAUUUUGGAUUUAACUUGUGAUGGUCGCUGUUUAUACACCUAUCAGUGCAAAUUCCCCAUAAGAUGUAUUGAUCUGUCUCCAGAUGAGAGUUAUAUCAGUCUUGGCGUUACGGGUAAAGAUAAAUAUACGCUUGUCGAGCAGGCGUUUGUCAUUCUUCUUCGUCUCGAGUUUUGUGAUGCCUCGGAUCUUUCUGAAUCGACUACUGUCACGUCAUAUAAUUCCGAAAGUACCGCUUCCAAGGCUGUAUCCACCUUAUUGCAUACAGUUUCAUCAGUGACCUCAACUUCCUCUAAUGAUACCACAGCAACGGAAAACUCGGAGAGGUUCAAACGAAGGCGAAUAUUGAAACUGACAGCCUUCCCGUUUAACCUUCCAUAUAGGGAUCCAAUCACCAUCCUUCAGUUCUCACCUAAUUCCAAACUCCUCUCUGUGGCCACUGCUCUAGAAUCAAGAUUCCUCACCAUAAAUAUCGAAAACCCUAGUAGACCGGCCCUGGUAAUGAAAUCCCAAAGAAAGCUAGACACUUCCCUGGAUAGUGAAGGUAUCACGGACAUUCAAUUCUUUCCUGAUAAUAGAAUAAUGACAUUGGCAUCUGUCGCCUAUGAUACGGUACCGAUAGUUAUCGAUACGAAUAUUACUUCUAUCUCGGGACCUGAAGGUACCGCGAGACCAAAGCUUCUACUGAAAGUGGAAGAAGUUGGCAGUACCAUCCACAAAUGCUGCGUAUCCCCAAGAGGAGAUUCGGUGGCCUACUUGGACAGAUCCGGCACCGUGUAUAUCAUGAUGUGUCCUAAAAUGGGCGAUACAGAUAGUAAACGUGUGGUAAUUGUCACGGACGUGGCUAAUUCAUACACUGCGAGAGAAUCCGCUUCGAUGCGAUUCGAUAAGCCCGGUUACAAACUCUAUGUUUUAGAUAGGAAGGGGCUUCUAACCAUAGUUGACUUCACUGCUGGUACAGUGGAGGAUCAAUCUGUGACGCGUUGUAAGAUAAUAUCAUAA